UGAAUUUCUCAUUGUUGACCUGAAGUAAAUUUCGUUUCUUCUAAAAAGGUUUUGCAUAUCAGUGAUAUGUCUAAUAUUGGAAUCGAUGGUGUUUUUUUAUACCGUGUUGGUCUGCUUGAUAAUGAUUCAAAUAUUUCCGAUGAAGAUAUUCAAAAAACUAUCAAUGAUAUUGCUCCCCAAAUGUCUUGUGCCGAAGGUGGUAUUAAAAAAUGUGAUUCUUGGGCUGCUUGCUACGACAUAUCAGAUGAUUUUUGUUGCAAAUGUUACAAAGGAUACUACGGAAACGGGCUUUCAUGCAUCAAAACUUCAGUUCCUAUUCGUGUUUCUGGAUUGCUAAGUGGCGAAAUUAACAACCAGCCUAUUGACAAACCAACGAACAUUGAAUCUAUCAUAGAUUUGAAAAAUGGUCUUAGUACAACUUCUAUCAAUUCGAUCAGUGACGAAUUGGGAUCCCAGUUAAAGUUGGCUCUGCCAGUUUUUAGUUCUAUUGGCUGGCUGUUUGCAAAACCAUUAUCCCCCAAAUUUAUGAAUGGCUAUCAAUUGACCGGUGGUAAUCUCGACAUUAGCUCUGAAUUGAUUUUCGAGUCUGGUGAAAUACUGUAUAUCAAUCAAAACUAUGAAUUCAGAAAUCAUCAGCAGACAAUUAAAAUUGAAAUAAACGGACACGUACCCCAGGUUAAGUUUGACGAGCAUAUUAAAAUUCCUGGUUUCAUCGAAGAACUGAAAUUCACAUCCCCUUAUUCAAUUUAUUCAACUAAAGACCAUCACAUUGAGAUUCCAUCAAAGAACAAAACUAUCAAAUUUCAGUUAAACCAAAAUAUAGUAUAUGAUGAGUCAUUGCACUCAUGCAACAACAACUCCACUGAUCUAACCGAAAAAAUUUCUUUCUUAAAAGUUUCUAAUAUCUCCUAUGGCUUGGAAAGUGGAACGCAUAAACAUUCCCUUGUUACCAAAAUUGGUGAUGAUGCUUCUCUCAAUCCUUGUACCAGUGGUUUAGCAAAGUGCUGGGAGCUUAGUAAAUGUGUCCCAAAUGAGGAAUCAUAUGAAUGCGUUUGUUAUAUUGGAUGGAUGGUGAAUAUGACCAAAGAGGGUGGAGAGUGCGUUGAUAUUGACGAGUGUAAAACCUACCCAAAUGCGUGUGCUCAUGAUAAACAUAGUUAUUGUGAAAAUAUUCGUGGUGGCUAUACAUGUUUAUGCAACGAAGGUUACGAAAAUUACGGAGCUGGCUGCUACGGAGACAAUAUUUAUGAAAUUUAUGAGGACGAUAUAAAAUCUUCUACAAAAGAAAAUACUUAUGAAUACGAUGAAUGUAGAAAAGAUGGGAAUGAAUGUGAAUGCGCAGUUCGAACUUCUAAGGACAAAAUAUGGGAGGAAGAUUGUUAUUAUAAUCCAAAAUUAUGUGGCGAUCAUGCUUCUUGUAUACGAUCUAAAAUUGAUCCAGCUUUAUUUGAAUGCUUAUGCAAUUCUGGUUUCUAUGGCGAUGGAAAACUUUGUCAAAAGGAGAAUAAUUGUAAAAUAACUCCAUCUAUGUGUGAUACAAAUGCUAAUUGUCGGCCGUUCAAUGGUAGAUUUACCUGUGUUUGUAAUCCUACAUAUCGCGGAAAUGGGAGUUUAUGCCGAAGCCGAGAAUAUGGGGCUACUGAAUUUUUAGCUCACAUUCUUUAUGAACGAAAAAUAGUACGCGUAGAUCUGGAUUCAAAAGUUAUUUCUACGGUUGUUAAUAAUACUCGUUCUGACUUUGGAUUUGACAUAGAUUGCGUUGAAAGACGUAUCUACUUCUCAUUCUAUCAAGUAAUCGCGAGCUCAAACUAUGAUGGCACAGAUAUACGUCCUUUUAUAACUGAAGGUAUCUGUAGCGUAUUCGCAAUUGCAAUUGAUUCUGUAUCUAGACGUAUUUAUUGGAAUGACAAUAAAAGCGGAAGAAUAGAAGUCGCUAGCUUAGACAAUCCGAAGAUGAGAGCUAUAUUGGUGGAUAAUGUUUUUUCUGAAUCUAUUAGCAUUACCAUCGACCCAAUCAGAGGAAAACUUUAUUGGAUGUUUGGAAUGUGCGUAUUUUUUGGAGAAUUUAAAUCAUCAAAUUUAGAAAUGUCUGAACUAGAUGGUACCGGUCGUGAGAAUCUUAUCAACUUUCCAGAGGAUACUAUAAUCAAGUCAUUGGUAGUGCUUCCAAACAGUGGAGAGCUAUGCUUUGUCGAUUAUGAUUUUGAUUGUGGCUCACAAAUAAAAUGCAUAAAAACGUAUUCGAAGGAGAUAAGAAAUGUUACGAAGAAUUUGAUAUAUAUAGAUGCACUAACUGCCACGAAUGAAAGUUUUUAUUGGACUGAUCAGUAUUCGCAGACACUUAAACGUCUCGAUCUUGAUGGUACCCUUCAUCCAGGUACACCUUUUUUACAACAAGUUUCUGUUAUUAAAGAUGUCGAUUACAAUUGUCCUCAAGGGUUUAAUCCAUGCCAAAUAAAUAACGGUGGAUGUCCAUUGGGAAUGUCUUAUCUCAAUACCAAACGGAAAAAAGUAGCAUGA